GCAAUGUAAAAUCAACAGAAAAUUUUCAGGUUUAGUUUUCAAAGUUUAAGUUGAAUGCCAAUGUUUGUAUUGGAUUUUAAGGUUUAAAAAUGUAAUUUCUUGUGGAUUUGUGAAAAUUUGUGGAAAAACAAAGUGACAAAGAAUUAAAGCGAUAUCUUUUCAGAGAAAGACAUGGAGGGAACAAGUGACAAAAAACCUCACGAAGAAUCUCCUUCGCACGAUGAUAAAUCGGAGACAGAUUCUGUUUCGCUCACUGUGAGCCUCCCUUUGGGCGAAGGAAAGGGGGAGGAAAAAAGUGAAGAUAUAUCUGAACACAUAUCUUCCAAUAGUGGCAGUAUUGAAAACGAUCGUUCUUUCCAGGAAAUAGAAGUUUAUAAUUAUCAGGGCACUUAUUUGAAUGAAGACAGAAGGGAUGAAGUAGAUUUAGAUGAAAAACAACCUGAUAUCUUGAAUGAAAGUCUACAAAGUGAAUCUAGCAUUAUAAGUUUACUAUAUCUAGAAAGAAUAGAAGAAAAUUAUUUGGCCAAUAUGUUAGAAGAUAGUUUUCAAGGUGAUGCCAGUAAAUCGGACAAAGAUUUAAGCACUGGAUCAAAAGAAGAGAGUUUUAAUAUGUUCCAAAACCUAGACCUAGAUGACAAAAGUCUCUCCAAUAUUAGACAUAGUACCCAACUCAGUAUAGAUGAAAAAAAUUUGAAUGCAUCACAUUUUGGACUUGAACCAGUUUGUAACGAGGAGGAAUUAAGUAGAAGGCUUAAAGAUUUUGAAGAGCUUAUAAAUAUUAAGAACAACAUGAUAGCUGCUCUUACCAGUGAAUUAGAUUCCUUCAGAGAAAUGAGCAACCCCAAUACUGUAAGUACUCUGUCAACUACUGAGUACAAGCAGCUACAGGAGGAGUGGAAUGGAAAGGUUUCAGAAUACAAUAAUGCAAUUUUGAUUAAAAAUGAUCUAAUACAGAAAUUAACUGAAUCAUUGGACCAAUCAUCAAAGGAAAAACAAGAGCUGAUGUCAAAAAUUGGUGACUUUGAAGAGGAAAUUUCCGAAUUGAGAGAAACAGUAAAAAUUGCUCAAAUGAAAAAUGAAACGUCUGACUCAGUCCAAGAAGGAUUGGAUUCAAGUAUUCAUGAUCAUAAAUCUUUGGUAUCUCAAGAAGUAAAUAACAAUCUGGAAGUUGAAUAUAUGGCAUUAAAACAACACCUUGAUAUGAAUCAACGAGACUUACUGAAACAGUUAAAUCUCAAAUUUAAUGAAGUUUUGGAGGAGAAAAUCUCAGAAAAUAAAAGCGUAUAUGAGCAAGAAAUUAAAAUGUUAAAGGAAAAUAUGUCACUAGAAAAAGAUGAAUACGAAUCAGAAAUUUCUAGACUGAGGGCCCUUCUAGCCGAAUUUCAAGCAGGUUCUACGCAGUUCAUAGCUUUGAAAGACGAGCUGGAUUUGAAGCAUUCCAGGGAAAUGGAGGAACUGAGGACAUAUUUUGAGAAGAAAUGUGCAGAUGUAGAGAAAAAUUAUUCGGAAGAAAUUUAUAGCCAGCACAGCAGAAAGAUGUCGAGUUCGAGUUGCUCAGAAGCCGAACUGAAUUCAGACCUUCCUUUUCCGCACGUCCCGGGACCUGAAGGAGACGUCCAAAUGAAUCUCAACAAAAAAGAUGUUAUUAAUCUACAAAAUGAACUGAACAGUAUUUUUAAUAAGAUAACCAAAUGCGACCUGGACGCAAUGACUGACGACGAUUUUUCGAAUCUGAAAAAAGAAAUUAACAGAUCACAUUUGAGUAACUUGCUCAAACAUAGUAUUUCUGCAGCAACAAUUAAACCGCAAAUAGAAGCAAAUGUACACAUAGACGAGAAUGCAACUAAAUUGGCGGAUAUUGAGGCCAGAUAUGAAGAAAAGUUAAAUCAAAUCAAAGAAAAAUACGAGGAGGAACUGGAAAACUUGAGAAAUCAACUGGAAAUCGCCGAGAAGCAGCAUCUAAGUAUAAGUUCAACAGUGCAGGAAGUGGGCAGUUCUGAAGAAUUCGAAAUGAACGAAGUAAUUCAGAGUUACGAAAGAAGACUGCAAGAACAAGUUAUUCUUGCCAAGAAUGAUAUUGUUGCUGGACUGGAAGCACAGAUACAGCGUCUGGCUGCCAAUGAACCCGAAAGUGACGAAUGGCCAUCGGAACUUCUACGCAUCAGAGAUAAAUUUACAGAAAAACACGAGGCGGAGAAGGUUGUUUUGAAUGAAGAACACCGAUUAGAGGUAGAGAAGUUGAAGGACGAACAUCAGAAGAUAUUGGAUGGAGUUUUAGAUGGAGCCAAGCGACGUAGGUUGAGGGACGAGGAGAGUUUGAACAAGGACGAAAUGGAAAUUUUGAAAGAAAGAGACAUCUUGAAGCAACGAGUGGCUUCUAUGCACAACCUUUUCGGGGAACUCUUGAAAUAUUUUACACAAUGCGAGGAUGAAUUGAACAAUACACUCGUCGAAGAACUAUUGAAACAAGGAUUCGACAAGAAUAUGUCUCAAAUCGAAGACGAGCUGAAUUUGACCCGGUCGAGCCCUACGAGCUCCAGUAAAACCAGCGACAGUACUUUCAAUAUCACAAGAGUCCAUCUUACGCCCAACUUUACUGAUUUGAUCAAUAUUAUUGAGAGUAGUUCACCCGAAGAAGCAGAUUCGAAGGACGUUUCUAUUGAUGUGAAGAAUGAGUUAACCGUUUGUCUAGAAAAAUUAAAACAGGAAGCUCAGUCCAUCCUCAGUCUAACUACAAAACAACCAGUCGGUGCCAUUUUGGACUCUAAGAAUACUACUAAUUUGGAAGAACAAAUAAACUUGCUAACAAGGAAGCUAACAACCGAAACACAACUUAAAGAAGAUCUAAAAUCCGAGUUGGAAGAAAAUCAGAAAUACACCGAAACGUUGGAAAAAGAAAGAGAGCGAUUGAAAAUGGAACUGGAAAACGUCAUAGCCAAGGAAAACAUACUAGAAGAAGACCUUACCGCUGCCAAAAAUAAGAUCGGACAACUGUUAGAGAGCGGUCGAAAAGAAAUCGUUUCGGAGGGUUACGGAGAAGCUGGAGUACAUUCCCAAAGUUUAGGUGAUACAAUGAACGCUUUGGUGGAUCUUCAAGAGAAAGCCAGAAAUGUCUUGUCUCAGUCGAGAGCCAGUGCAGAUCCAACUUUAUUACAUCUCAUCGAAGAACUAUGUAGGGUAGGCGAAAGAAUUAAGGAAGAAUCUUAUAGAGAACGGUUUGAUCUUCAGCAACAGAUCGAAGCGGCCGAUAAGAAAUAUCGCACGACUAACAAAUUCCUCGAAGAACAAGCCAUGGAGCGAGAACAGGAACGUGACGAAGCCCAAAAGAAAAUCGACGCUCUUCUUAUUCAGUUGAAAGAAAGAGAUAAAAACAAGGUUAAUUCCGAGAUAGUUGCAUCCGAGAUCGAGCUACUAGAGUUGCAGCUACAGGAGAAAACGACAGCUUUUGAAGCGUCUUGCCAUAAGCUUAAAGACCUCGAAGACGAGCUGACGGAAGCGGUAGAGAAAAUAAAGGAAUUACGGGAGAUUAUUCGCAAUUUGGAAAUCCAAUCAGAAACGAAAUCAGUGAAGAUCCAGGAGUAUUUAGAUACCAUCAACAAACUUCAAAACCUCAUUGCUAAUGAACACGGAGUAGGUGAUGGCAAAGAUUGUGAUACGUCUAAGGAUGUAUCCGACAUUGGAGAAUUGUACAGACACAUCGAACAUUUGGAAACUGAACUUCAUAAACUGAGGUUGAAUUCCGAACUCGCUGGUAACGAGGGGGCGACCAAACAGAUCAGUACACAGCUGUACGAAAUAGAAGCUCAAGUUGAUAGAAAAACAAAAGAGUUAGAAAUUCUUCAUUCUACCGCUAGUACCAACUGCAGUUCACCUUCGGAAGACGUAUCUGCCAGAGACGUGGUUUUGCCUAAAAGCCCGAAAAAGAUGGAAGAUUGCGAAGUGCCUUUACAACAACUUGCCAGACUUAGAGAGAAACUAAUAAGGCAUUCUAGAGCAGAAGAUGCAGCUAUGAAGCGAAUACGGGAUUUAGAAAUGGAAGUCUUUGGACUAAAACACGAACUAGAGGAAACCAACGGAGAACGAGAAUUCAUGAAAAAAAAUAUUCAAGAACAGUUAGUUCUAAUUUCGGACUUCCAAAUAAGACUAGACGAGCAGAGAAUACGGGCAGACAACAUAGAGAAGCAGACUAACACUUCGUUUGAGUUGAAAAUUUACGAUUUACAAAAUGAAGUGGCUUCUUUACGUGACAAGAUUCAGCAAAAGGACAGACAGAUUAAUAACCAAUCACUUUUGUUAGCAGAAACUCAACAGAGGGUGAAAAAUUUAGAAAACGAAUUGAGUUCUGCGAAAGACGAUGAUUUGGUAGUUGAUAUGCAAAAGCAAAUCGAAAAACUUGUCUCUGAAAAUUCUCAGAUGAAAAAGAAAAUUAAAAACGAAGCCCAGAUGGUUCCGAAUUUGGUGGAAAAUAUUAUUUCAGAUAAAAACCACGACAUGGAGAGAUUAAGACUAAAACUGGAGGACACCGAGAAGCUUUUAGAAGGUUACACCUCCCUAAACAUAGACAAGAAAGAUCUACAAACAUUGUCGAAUCUCAAAAGUAACGGCACUAGCCUGGAGGAGCUCUUUAGUAUAUUGGACCUAAGUCAACCGGAUCUGCUGCGGAGAAUGGAAAGUAGGAACGUAAGCGAAUGUCAGAGUCCUCUUUUAUUUAAACAUCAAAAGUCAGAUGAUACUCUGAUGGAGCCAGAGCUCUCGUCGAUUAUGGGUCCUACUAGCGCAAAUUCUGUAGUACAAACGAGAAACUCGACAGAAAUAUCUCAUAAAAAAGUCCAUUUUGAAGACAUGGACAUCGAAUGUUUAAAGAACGAACUCACAGAGGUGAAGAAUCUACUAGAUGCCAAAGAUAAGAUAAUAAAAGAAUGCAACGAAAGGUUACAGGAGCUAGAUAACCUACAGAUCAAAACUGAAAACCAACAAAAAUCAGUCGAGGAUACCAACAACGCUUUAACCGCCAUUUCGAAAAGCUUUGAGGCGGCCCAAACGGACUGGCAGAACAAGGAACGAGACUUGGGAAUUGAAAUAGCCGAGAAAAAGCUGAAAUUGGAAGAGAAAGAGAAGGAAUUGGAUCUCUUGCAGCAGGAUUCGAAGAGGAAAGAUGAAAUGUGCGUCCGUUUGACAAAAGAGAUCAAAGAAUUUGAAAAAGAGAUAACGAAGUUAAAACACGAGAACUAUACAGCUGUGGAUAACAUUCUUACGAUGAAAAGCAAUGAAAUCGACCAGCUAGAAAAAGAACUAAAUAAAAAAUUCAAUGUUGAAAUCGAAAAGUGUAAGAAAACAAUAUCAGACUGCAACGUCGAGAGGUGUGCCUUGCUAAAAGAAAUGGAAAUUAUAUCGACACAGUUGGCAGACUCGCGUUCAUCGAACUCGCAAUUGGAACACGCGCUCAAAGAACACUCUAACGAAAUAGUUAAGUUAAGAAAGGAAUUAGAAAACAAAUUGAUACAGAUUGAAUCGUUAAAUCACGAACUGAAUGGUAUGAAGGACAAAAUGGCUAAGAGGAGACGAUUUACCCGAGAGUUAGAGCAAAAGUUGGAAGUUCAGAAGUCUUCAUUGGAAUCAUUAGAGGAAGAAAAAAAUGCGCAGAAAUCUUGGUUGCUAGAAAAGGAGACUGCGAUAAAGAAUUUGCACGAAGAAGCCAACAGAUAUCAGCGGGAAAUAGCCACCUUAGAAUCCGACUUGGAAGCUGGAAAUUCUAAAAAUAUGAGAAAACUGGAAGAGGAAGUAAAAGAAAAGGAGUCCAAAAUCGACGAACUUACAAAGGAAAAGAAUCACUUGGCGGAAUUAUUGAAUGAAAAAGACAAAAUUAUAAAACAAAUGGUCGAAGAUCAUCAACAGGUUCAUCUCAAUUUGGUAUCCAUUAAGAGUAAAAUACAGGAACCUGGACACAUCAUAGAUCUGGGAAACAAGCUACGAGAGGAACAGAAAAAAAGAGCAGAAUUAGUCCAAGAGAUCCACAACUUAAAAGUUCAGUUGAUGCAGUGCAAGAGCAACGAAAUGACGACUUCGGUAGAUGAUAUAGCAGACCAACUCAAAAGGGAAUUGGAUAACUCAAUCAAAAUCGAUUCCAACAUCAUGAGCGCCGUUAGUGACCAGAGUUUGAGUUCGAUUUCGGAAGUACAAGACGUCGAGGCUUACAAAAAGUCUUUGACCAAGGAAAAAGCCCGCAAGAAACAACUCCUUCAACAAGUAAACACGUUACAAGACAAAAUAACGGAAUUACAAAAUGAUUUGGAGAAAGAACGUGCUGCUCUGUUGCAUACUAGUACAGAAGAUGCCCAGUGUAUAGAACAGUUAAGAAUCCAGUUGGAUGCCGCUUUGGACGCGAAUGAAGCCCUCAAAAGAGCUCUAUCAGAAAAAGAAUCGGAGAAUGAACAAUUGGAAAAGGAAUUAGACUCGCUCAAGAGAAAGAACAUAAGUUCGGCUUCCAGAUCUGAAUCUACUAAAUACAAAGAACUUCCAAGCAAAGAAUCCAUCGCCUUGAAUAAACUGCAGAAAGACCACGAAGUCUUACUGGGCGAACAAAGCAAACUCAUUGGUGAAUUAGCCGGUUUAAGACAGACCCAUCUGGAUAUGACGACAGAUUAUAAGUGUACAAAGGAUCUUUUAGCUCUGGAAAUGCAAAGGAAGAAAAAUUUAGAGGGGAAAGUGUACAGUUUGCAGACGCGAGAAAGGGAACUGAAAGAGAAGCUUACGAAGACGACACUGGAAAAGGAAAGAGUUUUAGACGAAAUAUCACAAGAAAAGGCCGACCUCAUCAAACAAAAACUGGAACUUCUUCAAAGACUGAAAUCUCAGAAUUCAUUCGAAUCUCCGGCGGCUGUCACUGUGACCAACGACAUACCCGACGAACUGAUAAAAAAAAUUAGAGAGUUAAAUAGUGCAUUCAUUGAAAAUAAGAAGCUUGUGGAUUUGGUUACCAGGAUUUCGAAUGAAAAAACGCAAGUAGAGAACGAGCUAGAAAUUAUGCGAGGAGCUGUGAAAAAUUCGUCUGCGCAGCUACCCUCAAACGAUUUGGCAGCUAGGGCGGAUUAUUUAUUUGCGAAGACUCUUAAGCUGGAAAGUACGAAAAAGGCAUUAGUGUUUCAAAAGCGGUACCUCAUGAAAUACUUGUUAACCCAAGGAGUAGUUGAUGUGUUACCUGAUCCGCUAACCCAAAGGGCGUUGUUUAGGCGAGAGUUUUCGCCGAAACAUAGAUUUAGGGCAGCAGUAUUUGUGAUCAUCUCCAUAUUCCGAAUAAAGUUCCUCGUGAAACGAUGGCACAGUGGCGUGCGAAUUGCCGAAAGGAUAAAUUCUCGCCAUUAUAAACAUACACAUAGGAAAAACGAUGCCAAUGUCAUAUCGGCACAUUUUCAAGUUGGACAGCCGGUCUCGAAUCAAUUUUUCCUUAACGCUCCCUCUACCGGGCCGACGUUGAGGAAUCCUAAUCACUUUGUUCAAUUUAAAGAAGAUGCUAGGGAGGUCCGUGAACGGUUAGAAGAAGAUAGAGAGUCUGUCAGGAGCGAAGACUUUUAUCCAGAACGAUCAGUACCCUGGUCCGGAACGACACCGCCUUCAAAAGAAAGAAGAAGUAGGAAAGCAACAGGGAACGCGAUGUUAAACAAAGAAGACAUGAGUGCACUCAAAGCUCCUCAACUUCUAGCUCAGUUUGUGGAAAGAUUUGACCAAAUUCAAGAAAAGUUGGGUGUAGUAUUAGAGUCCGAUACAACGUGAAGUAAUAUAGAUAUAUUUUUGAUAUCUUUACAGGAAAUUUGUUAUUAAUUUGUUUAGUUACCAUAUGGUAUAUAAAGACGUUAGGUUAAGCCAAAUCAGGUUAUUAAUAAAUUAUUUAAGUU